AUGUCAAUUUUGUACAAAAUGACAUUCUUUUUUUCAAGUUUCCAACUUUCCCUAGGUUUUCGUGGAUAUUUUACUCAAAUUAAAGUAGAACUACAAAGAGGAAAAAUUUACUUACUAGUUGGUAAUUUGUUUGAGCCCUAUCAUGAAAUGUUAGCUCUGGUUAAACAGCCAUUCUGUCAUCGAGAGGAUAAUGAAUUAUUUCGAAUGAACGGAUCGUUUGUUUAUUUUCCAUCAAAGGGGUGCGAUCUGAUAAUUUUUGUCAUUUUCCAACCAAAUCGUUUAUUUUGUCCACAAAUAAAACAGAUGAAAGGUGGAGAGAAGACAGCGCAGUUAAAAACCUAUUUUACCUAUGAAAGGUCAGCUGUAAGCGGCGGAUGCUUUUUACAGGUUCAGAUACCUUCUUCAUGCGCAGAUAAAGCUGCUUCUUGUAAAUGUCAUUUGAUUAAUCUGCUACAAGCAAAUGAUCCCGAUCAUGAUUCGCCUUCCUUCUUUUUUUGUUAUAAAAAUGUAACAUUGACAAUCCAGGGGAUUGGAUUUGGAUCUGGGAACAAAUCUUGUGUCCACUUUAACUAUUUCAACAAUGAUGGCAAAAAUUGUUUGUUGGUAAUGAAGAUGUUCAAAGGUGGCGCUAUUAGUGACAUAAAGGGGUUCAUGGCACAAGGUAACGGCAAAAAUUUUGAGAGACGUUUGAUUUUUAUGUGUGAGCUAAAUGUACAAGAUCUUGUAACGGUUUCGAAAGGAAAAACUACUGUUGGUAGUAAAAGUGGACUUUUUGGUGAGGUGAAAAGUACAUGCCAGCCAGCAGUAUGUUUUGCAGUUGUCAAAUAUCAAAUGAAAGUUUUGGAUGGAGGAGAAAAGCAUAGCCACAACAUUUAG